AUGAUUUGGAUAAUAAUCGCUCAUACAUUUGUUAUAAAUCUGGCAGUUGUCGACAACCCGAUGGAUAUGCUAGAAAUUGGUAAAACCUACUAUGGGCAAAUAUUUACAAACGCUUACAUUUCCGUUGACUCAUUCUUUUUCAUAGCAGGAGUGUUGGUCGCGUUUCUCAAACUAAAAGAAAUAAAAGCAGACCGCAAAAGACUUUCCAUUUAUUCUUGGCUGAUGUUUUAUGUGCAGAGAAUUCUUCGGAUAUCUCCUGCCUAUUACACGUUGAUAGUCUUCCAUAGCUUCAUUUUCACAUCGUGGUUGUACAACAUGCCUAUACUACUGAGCCGUGGCUUUGGUGAAGACAGUUGUAGGAAAAAUUGGUGGAUUAACUUUCUCUACCUCAAUAACUUCAUUGAUUACAAAAGCAUGUGUCUUGUGCCAUCUUGGUAUUUGGCGACGGACUUUCAGAUUUACAUAUUCUCACCAUUAUUAAUAUUGCCAUUUGCUCUUUUUGGAAGUCUCGCCGGAUUGAUUGUGGCUUGCACUCUUUUGGUAAUUUCUUCAGGUACGAUUUGCUAUUUUUAA